AUAACGGAUUUAACCAAAACCGUUCCAACCCGACCCGUGAAGACCCUUGCGUACCAUGCUUAUUCUCGCUAUGCAUUUCAAUGGAUUUCGCACACCCAAGCCAAGCUUCUGAAAAACCCUAUUUUUUUUUUUGCUAUUUAAUAUCAAAUAAAUACGUUUGGAAUUGGAUUGGGCAAUAACAAUCUUACGAUUUCAUGAAUCACUGAGAUAAAUGGAGUCAGAUGAAGACGAUUUUGUUUUCUACGGAACGCCGAUAGAGCGUGAGGACGAUUCAAUCAGUCGCAAGAAGAAGGCCAUUGCUGAGUCCUCAGGUCAGCUCCGAGCUCUCCCUGCUUGGAAGCAAGAGGUUAGAGAUGAGGAAGGGCGGAGAAGAUUCCAUGGAGCAUUUACAGGAGGUUAUUCUGCGGGUUACUAUGAUACAGUGGGCUCAAAGGAAGGGUGGGCACCUCAGUCAUUUAAAUCAUCAAGGAAGAGCAGGGCUGAAUUUAAAGAGCAGAACAUACUGAAUUUUCUUGAUGAAGAUGAGAAAACUGAAUUGGAAGGUUGUUUUUUGGGGACAACUUCACAGUUUGACACAUUUGGUUUCACAGCUGCUGAAAUUGCUCGCAAACAAGCUGAGAAGGAACAGAAACAGAGGCCAUCCAUAAUUCCUGGACCUGCUCCUGAUGAAAUAGUUGUUCCAGCCACUGAGUCUGUUGGGGUAAAACUGCUCAUGAAGAUGGGAUGGAGUCGUGGUCGCUCAAUCAAGGAUUCACAUUCUGAGGCACUGUAUGAUGCUAGAAGACAGGCCCGUAGAGCUUUCUUAGCAUUUUCUUCUGAUGAUCCAAAAUUGAAGAUUACUGGGUCUGAGCCCAUUGAGGGUGAUGUUGAAAUUUUUCCUGAGGAGCCUGUGAAUGGCGAUGCUCAGUUUUCUAAGAGCACACCGGUUUACGUACUCAACCCAAAGCAAGAUCUGCAUGGAUUAGGUUUUGAUCCUUAUAAGCAUGCUCCUGAGUUUAGAGAGAAAAAAAGAUCACGCUUAGCCAGCAAGGGGGGAGGACCUGGCUAUAGCAAAAACUUCUCCACCAGAGACAGUCUUUUUGGUUUGAAGUCAGGAAAGGCUGCCCCUGGUUUUGGUAUUGGAGCUCUUGAGGAGCUUGAUGUGGAGGAUGAGGAUGUCUAUGCCACUGGUUAUGAAUUUGAAGAUGCUUAUGUUCAAGAAGUUGAAGAACCUUCAACGUUGAGAUUAGAAAACCAGAGAACGAAAGAGCAGAAGGACCAGGGUGAUCUGCGUGGUUUUAGAGUUGCAUCCAAUUCUGACUUUAAAAUGGAAAGAUUCGAGGCUCCUCUGAUUCCCAAGGAUUUUGUGCCCCACCAUGAAUUUUCUGGACCUCUCAACAUUAACCGCAAGAGCUGUGAAGUUACUCCACCAGAUGUUCCUCCUCCUGGGGAUGGGAAUUUAAAACUAUUAAUUGAGGGGGUUGCAAAUCUGGUAGCUAAAUGUGGUAAAUUAUAUGAGGAUUUAUCAAGAGAAAAGAAUCAAUCAAAUCCAUUGUUUAAUUUUCUUUCUGGAGGAACUGGCCAUGAAUAUUAUGCAAGGAAAUUGUGGGAGGCACAACAGAAACACAAGACUAGUCGGCAAUUGGAUGGAAAAAUGCCUCCCAGUGUGCAGAGGCUAACAGCUGAGAGUCGAGGCCAGAUCCUAGGGGAAAAACCUCUAGAAAAAAGUUCCCAAGAUCUAUCCUCAUCUGUUUCUUCUACAGAUAUUCAUCUCCAAUUUAAUCUUACUGAUACAUUUACUGAGUCUGCAUCACUUAGUGAGUUAGUGAAUGUGGAAAAGCCUUUCAAAGAUGAUCCUACAAAGCAAGAAAGAUUUGAGCAGUUUCUUAAGGAGAAAUAUAAAGGGGGAUUACGCUCUGCUAGUUCUAGUUUAGCUAGUGAUAUGUCAGAAGCUGCUCGUGCUCAAGAGAGACUAAGUUUUGAGGCUGCAGCUGAGGCAAUAGAAAAGGGACGACAAGGCAGGGGAAGCAAGCCUUUAAUUCCAUCUUCCAUGGAUUUUAUCCCAGGUGGUGUUAUGCAGUUUACUUCUGGUGAAGUAAAGCCAAAGAAAGACCUGCUAGCUGAAGAUAUUUUGAAGAAGAAAAUGUACCCUAAGAGGGAAGAGUUUCAAUGGCGCCCUUCUCCUCUUCUGUGCAAACGCUUUGAUCUUAUUGAUCCAUAUAUGGGGAAGCCGCCACCUGCUCCACGGAUUAGGAGUAAGAUGGAUACCUUGAUUUUUACAUCAGAUUCAGUCAAAGGUACCAAAGUGGACGGGCCUGUUACUUCAAAGAAAGACAUCUCAUCUUUGCAACAACCUACUAAUAAAGACAUAACCAAAAGUAUUACUGAAAAUGAAACUGAAGAGGAUGUGGAAGUCGAAAAUAUUGAAAGGCCAGUUGACCUAUACAAGGCUAUUUUCUCCGAUGAUUCAGAUGAUGAAGGGGAAGACCCUAGCAAUAGGAGAGUAGAGAAUCAAGAAAAGAAAGCUGAAGUAGCUAAUACAGCAUUGAGCCGUUUGAUUGCUGGUGAUUUUCUUGAAUCAUUGGGCAAGGAACUAGGAAUUGAGGUUCCUCCUGAUAUGCCUUACCCUACGCAAAAGUCCAGGAAUGUUGCACAUCAGAAAGACAUUGUUAAUGAAGAUGCAAGAACCGACAUCCUAAAGAGUGAAAACAACAGUGUGAUGUCCUUAAAUCAUGAUUUGCCAUAUGAUCAGCAGCACAUUGCUCAUGAUUGUGAACCAUCAAAAGGUGACACCAUUGAUGGAAAUAUGCUUGAGAGCGGUAAUAACAAAACCAAGGGAACCACCAGCCAAGACAAUGACAGCAGUUCAGAAGAAGAAAGGAGCCAAAAACGAUCUAAUAGGGAAAAAUAUGAUGAGUCUAGGAAAGAUAAAACCCCUGUAACACAGGGCCGGGAUUAUAGCAGCAGUUCUUCAUUAGAAGAGGAAAGGAGCCGAAAACGUUCCAGACAUCAACGGCAUAAGAGGCGUGAUGCAGGAAGUCAUUCAUCCAGUGAUGAUGACAGAAGAGAUAGACACAGUUCAAGGUCAAAAGGGAGAAGGAAAGGUUCUUCCCGAGAAAAAAGCAGGAGCGAAAAACACUCAAAACGUCACAAGCACAGAAAGCAUGAAUCUCCAAAUAGAUCCUCUCGUUAUAGCAAUGAGAAAGACAGUUCACAUUCCAGAAAAGAGAAAAGGCGGAGGGAAUGAGCGAGAGACUUGUUUCCUUUGUUUUCAAGAACAUUUUGGAAUUAUGUUGGGGGAUCGCUGUUGUAUACUUGUAUUAAAAGAUGUUACUAAGUUUUGGGUUUGUGAUACUGAGGUGCACCCUAUGGAUUUCAUUUGCUCCGAUUGAAACUCAAGCCUCUUGCAUAGGUUGCUUUCUUCACUGGUUUGAAGUAAUGCUGCUUAAUUCAAUCCCCCCAGCUUAUCCUUUCUUGGCUGUAAAGAAAUGGAAUUGGUACCUGAUUAUCUAGACUAAACAUUAGGGAGCCCUUUGUGAAAAAAAGAAAAGAAAAACUAAUUAGGAAGUUGAGGUAUAGUGCUUAGUCCCAAGGUUUACUGUGAUGCAUUUUAUAACUUUUUAAUGUUAAAAAAAAAAACAUGUUUUCUUUUGUCUAA